AUGCCUCCCAAGAAAGUUAAAGAAGAGAAGGUGAUGAGCGCCUUCGAGCGUCGUCGACUCGAGAACAUCGCGAACAACCAAACUAUUUUGAAGGAUCUAGCAAACACAUCCAACAAAAUAAUGCCCGCGAAACCCAAGCCACCCCCGAGGUCAGCCAGGGCAGCCCCCGUUAAGAGGGAAGCUGCCCCCGCGACGUCGACAGGACCGAUUCGACGCAGCGCUCGUGUCGCGGGACUGGAUGCGGAUAAUGAAGUCCUGAAGCGCAAGUACGAGGUCGAGUUGGAGGAUCAAGCUGCAAAAGAGAAGGCAAAAAGGCAGAGGAUUGGCGGCGAUCUGAAACUCGGCGACAUCGCUGUCGAGGGGAAGAAGUGGAAUAAUGGUAUUGACGGACUGGGGGCUUUACUCCCUCGCGGCGCCCAACCCGGAGUCCCGACCUUCACGGAUGAGGACAUCGAGAACACUUCAGACAAGGACUUGAAGGAACUCCGCAAAAAAAUGAAUGGCCUAGAGCUGUAUGGGAAGUGGGUUCCCAACGAUAUUAAGAUAUGCCCGCUUCGUAUUUACAGCUCUGCAUUCCAUCCCACCGAGGAAAAGCCUCUGAUCUUCGCUGGCGACAAGGAGGGCGCUCUGGGCAUCUUUGAUGCAUCCCAGGCUGGCCCAGAGAGCAAUGACGACGACGACGACGAUGCGGAGGAUAAAUGGUUCGAGCCAGUCAUUGGCGCAUACAAACUUCACACCCGGACAAUCUCCUCCAUCAUCGUCUCUCCAUUCGAACAGCAAAAGGUUUACACGUCGUCAUAUGAUUCCACGAUACGCGUCCUUGACCUGGAAGGCGACAUGUGCGUGCCUGUCUGGGAGCCCGAAGACAAGGACGACGACGUGCCCCUCUCGGCCAUCGACAUGCCCCUUAAUGACAAAAACCUGAUGUACUUCUCGACACUCAACGGAGCCCUCGGCAAAGUUGACCUUCGUGACAGAAAAGCAGAGAUUUGGCAGCUAUCGGACAACAAGAUUGGAGGGUUCUCGCUGAAUCCACGUGAGCCGCAUCUGGUAGCUACAGCCUCACUGGACCGGACCGUCAAAAUCUGGGAUCUGCGGAAGAUCACUGGGAAGGGAGACAUGCGGUACCCGGAAAUGUGCUACGAACAUGACUCUAGGUUGUCCGUUUCCCACGCCGCAUGGAGCUCUGCAGGGCACGUCGCGACCUCCUCGUAUGACGAUACCAUAAAGAUAUACAAUUACGGCGACCGCGAGCAAUGGGACAAGAAGGGGAUGGAGCCCUCGCAUGUCGUCCGGCAUAACAAUCAGACGGGGCGGUGGGUAACCAUUUUAAAGCCCCAGUGGCAAAAGAGACCUCAGGAUGGUAUUCAAAAGUUCGUCAUCGGGAAUAUGAACCGCUUUGUCGAUGUAUAUGCGGCCAACGGUGAACAGCUGGCUCAGCUUGGUGGCGACGGAAUCUCCGCUGUUCCCGCUGUCGCGCAGUUCCAUCCUACAAUGGACUGGGUCGCCGGUGGUACUGCUAGUGGAAAGCUUUGCUUGUGGAUGUGA